AGGAGUGUGCACCUGCCACCAGUCCAGCUCAGCCAGACUGUGAGAAGAGGCGAGGCGGAGCAAGCCAAGGGAGUGAGUGAACCAUGGACAGAUUGAAGUGCCCGAGCUUCUUCAAGUGCAGAGAGAAGCAGAACGUGACAGCUUCAUCUGAGAACUUCCAUGUUGGUGAAAAUGAUGAAAAUAUAGACCGUGGUAACUGGUCCAAAAAAUCGGAUUAUCUUCUGUCUAUGGUUGGAUAUGCAGUGGGAUUGGGAAAUGUGUGGCGAUUCCCAUAUCUGACUUAUACAAAUGGUGGAGGUGCUUUCUUGAUACCAUAUGCAAUUAUGCUAGCAUUGGCUGGUUUACCUUUGUUCUUCCUGGAAUGUUCACUGGGACAAUUUGCUAGCUUAGGUCCAGUUUCAGUUUGGAAGAUUCUGCCAUUGUUUCAAGGUGUCGGAAUCACAAUGGUCCUGAUAUCCAUUUUUGUGACAAUCUAUUACAACGUCAUAAUCGCCUACAGCCUUUACUACUUGUUUGCUUCUUUUCAAAGUGUACUACCAUGGGCCAAUUGUUCUUCUUGGGCAGACGAUAACUGUAGCAGAUCACCAAUAGUAACCGGCUGUAAUGUGAGUACAAUGACAGGAGAGAUGUUUAUGAAUAUAAGCUGGGUAACUCUCAACAACCUGACCUGCUUGAAUGGUAGUGAAGUUUUUCAGCCAGGGCAACUUCCCAGUGAACAGUAUUGGGACAAAGUGGCUCUUCAGCGGUCAAGUGGAAUGGAAGAAACUGGAGUAAUUGUAUGGUAUUUAGCACUUUGUCUUCUUCUAGCUUGGCUCAUAGUUGGAGCAGCAUUGUUUAAAGGAAUAAAGUCCUCUGGUAAGGUGGUAUAUUUUACAGCUCUUUUCCCGUAUGUGGUUCUCCUAAUUCUGUUAAUACGAGGUGCAACUUUGGAGGGUGCAUCAAAAGGCAUUUCAUAUUACAUUGGAGCGCAGUCAAAUUUUACAAAACUCAGAGAAGCUGAGGUUUGGAAAGAUGCUGCUACCCAGAUAUUUUAUUCCCUUUCUGUCGCUUGGGGUGGCCUAGUCGCUUUAUCAUCUUACAACAAGUUUAACAACAACUGUUACUCUGAUGCCAUUGUAGUUUGCUUGACAAACUGCCUCACUAGUGUGUUUGCUGGGUUUGCGAUUUUUUCUAUAUUGGGACACAUGGCUCAUAUAUCUGGAAAGGAAGUCUCUCAAGUUGUUAAAUCAGGUUUUGAUUUGGCAUUCAUUGCCUAUCCAGAAGCUCUAGCCCAACUCCCAGCUGGUCCAUUUUGGUCCAUAUUAUUUUUUUUCAUGCUUUUAACACUGGGUCUGGAUUCUCAAUUUGCUUCUAUUGAAACAAUUACAACAACAAUUCAAGAUUUGUUUCCCAAAACAAUGAAACGCAUGAGAGUUCCUAUAACAUUGGGUUGCUGCUUGGUUCUGUUUCUCCUUGGUCUCGUCUGUGUGACUCAGGCUGGAAUUUACUGGGUACAUUUGAUUGAUCACUUCUGUGCUGGAUGGGGCAUUUUGAUUGCAGCUAUCUUGGAAAUUUUAGGAAUCAUCUGGAUUUAUGGAGGGAAUAGAUUCAUUGAAGACAUAGAAAUGAUGAUUGGAGCAAAGAGAUGGAUAUUUUGGCUCUGGUGGAGAGCUUGCUGGUUUGUCAUCACGCCUAUCCUAUUAUCUGCCAUUCUAGUCUGGUCACUGGUGAAAUUUCACAGACCUGAUUAUGGUGAUAUUCCAUAUCCUGACUGGGGAGUUGCCCUAGGCUGGUGUAUGAUUAUUUUCUGCAUUAUUUGGAUACCAAUUAUGGCAAUCAUAAAAAUAAUCCAGGCUGAAGGCAACAUUAUUCAACGUAUCAUAAGCUGCUGUAGACCAGCUUCUAACUGGGGCCCAUAUCUGGAAAAACAUCGUGGGGAGAGAUAUAAAGACAUGGCUGAACCUUCAAAGGAGACUGACCACGAAAUCCCCACUAUUAGUGGCAGUACAAAGCCAGAAUAAGAUGUCCCUUUUGAGAAAUAUCUGAUUGUUAUAUAAUGUGAUUUUCUAGGGAAACGUUUUAAUUUAUUUGUGCAUCAAUCAAGCAGAGAAAUGUACAUGCCAUGCUCAGUACAGAGUUGUAAGUACUUUUAUCACCGAAUCAAGAAUGAAAUAUAAAAUGUGAAUCUAUGAAUGUUGACUGAUGUGCUUGUUUCACUUUAGGAUUCGUUAUUUGUUAACACAUAUAUCCAGGUCUAUUUUAUAAUGACAUUUUGUAAGCCCAGUUGUUUUACAAUGACAUUUUGUAAAUAUUAUUGUAAUAUUUCUUUCUCUUUUUUUAGUAUACUGAAGGUUUUCUGUGAGAUGAUUACUUAGGAAGUAGUCACACUUUGUAUUUGCUGAUUUUAAAGACAUUAUUGUUUCUGCAGUCUUAAUAUGCACUUUUAUUAUUCAUAGAAUGGAGAAACAAUAAGUCAGUGUAGUUAAAAGCAAGUGUUAUACAAAGUCAUCUCAUGUACAAUUCACAAAUGGGGCCUGGAGAGAUCACUCAGUGGUUAAGAGCAAUGGCUAUGACAGAGGAUGUAGGUUCAAAUCUCAGCAUCCACAUGAUGACUAAUACUGUCUAACUCCAGUCCCAGGAGUUACAGGAGUCUUCUGACUUCUAUGACACCACACGCAUAUGGUGUGCAUACAUGCAGGCAAAACACGCCCACACAAAAAUACAAGCAAAUAAAUCUCGUUUAAAAAAGAAUGUCACAAGUAUGUAGGGAGAGAACUAUAUAUGAUACGGACUAUUUAAUACCUAUGAUCCAAAUAUGUCCAAACAUGUCAUCCAUUUAUUAUGGUUCACAUUCUCUAUGUAAACUUUGUAGUUAUUCUUAGAGUGAAAUGAGACAAAAAUGAGGAACAGGUGGUCAGAAAAUGAUAAGUCUAGAAAAUGUAAUAUUGAAGUUUUGAGUAUAUCUUACUAUUCAUAGUAUCUUUCUUCUUCAGGUUGUAUUUGGAAUAAAACCAUGACUCAUUUAAUUUCUUUCUUUAUAUUUUAUUUUUUAUUCAUUUCACACACCAACCACAGAUGCCCUUCCUUCCCCUCCUUCCCUUUCCUUUCGUUACCCAUGUCCACUCUGAUCCACUCCACAGAAAGAGUAAGGCUUUCCAUGGAGAGUCAACAAAGCCUGGCACAUUCAGUUGAGGCAGGACCAAGCCUCUCCCUCCCCUGCUUCAAGGCUCAGCAAGGCAUUCCACUACAGAGAAUGGGCUUCAGAAAGCCAGCUCAUGGCUUAUAAUAAUGUAAUAAGUAGUUCAUUACAUUCUCUGAAUUCUAAAUUUAACUGCAGAUAAAAUUUGCAUUAAAUUGUUUCUGAUCUGGCAUAUUUAUAAUGAUAUAUAUCUAACAGAUUAAGGGCAAUAAUCUUGUCUUUUAUGUUUUUGUUUUUGUCAAA